AUGAACACAGCAAUAACCAGAAAAGAAAUGGAUCGGAUCAAAGGUCCAUGGAGUCCUGAAGAGGACGAAGCUCUGCAAAAGCUUGUGGAGAAGCACGGUCCGAGAAACUGGUCGAUAAUCAGCAAAUCGAUUCCGGGACGAUCCGGGAAAUCAUGUCGUCUGCGUUGGUGUAAUCAGCUCUCUCCCCAGGUUGAGCAUCGGGCUUUUUCCCCAGAAGAGGAUGAUACUAUAAUCAGAGCCCAUGCCCGAUUCGGAAACAAAUGGGCUACCAUAGCCCGCCUUCUGUCGGGUCGAACCGACAACGCGAUUAAGAAUCACUGGAACUCUACUUUGAAACGCAAGUGUUCUUCUAUUAUGAUCGAUGAAUCUCCACCGUUGAAAAGAUCUGUAAGUGCCGGUGCUGCUAUACCUGUUUGUAAUGGGAUUUACAAGAACCCUCCCACUCCGGGAAGUCCUUCUGGAUCCGAUGUGAGCGAGUCCAGUGUACCUAUCGUGAACUCUUCUCAUAUUUACCGUCCUGUCCCUACAAGAACCGUUGCGGCUCUACCUCUCGUAGAAUCGAAAACGACGUCGUCUUCCAAAUCCAAUGAUCCUCCAACUUCACUUUCGUUAUCACUUCCUGGUAUUGAUUCUUCUUCUGAAGAUUCAAAUCGUGUUACUGAGCCUGUUACUACUGUACCGCCGCCUCCUCCACCGCCAACUGCGAUUCCGUUGGUUCCGAUAAUGACUGCACCGAUUCCGAUGGCUGUUCCGAUGCAGACGCAGCAAGGAUCGGUUAUGCCGUUCAAUUUCAGCGCAGAGUUAUUGUCAGUGAUGCAGGAAAUGAUAAGGACGGAGGUGAGAAGCUACAUGGCGGGUUUGGAGCAGCAGAAUGGGAUUUGUAUUUCCGAUGAUGGAUACAGGAAUGCUUCGGUGAAGCGAAUGGGAAUUAGCAGGAUCGAUUCGUAA